AUGCGGUUCGAAAUCGAUCCCGAUAUCGUCCCCAACCUGAAAUUGGGUCUUCACUCUUUCCAGAUCAUCUUCUCCCUGGUCGCAUGGUGUUUGCAGAUCGGUGUUCUUAACGCCAAGGAUGCAGAGGUCACCGGAAAAAACGGUUGGACGUUUGGAGUGUGUUUCCUGUCUGUCCCUGCAUGGAUUUUUCUCAUCAUGACUCCGCGAUGGGGUCGCACUCGUCGCUUUGCUCAGCCCCAUGCCAUGCUUGCUGUUGACGCUGCAUUCACUGUCAUCUGGCUAUCUGCUUUUGCUACCCAGGCUUCCUACAACGCUGCUGGUCAAUGCGGUACUGCCUGCAGCAUCAGCAAGGGUAUUGUCGGCUGCGGUGUCCUUGUGACUAUUCUUUUCGGUGGCUCAACCUUCGUUUCUGCCUUCACUCUCAACUACUACAACAACCAUAACAUCCUGCCAGGUUACGACAACCGACAGAUGGGCACCGACAACAUCGAUCCCGACAAGGCUGCUUUCUCCAUGGCUCCUCACGGUGAUGAGGCCUACGAGCGAGUUGACAUGGACGACCACGAGCCCUCAGGAGGCAGUGCUUACGGUGGCGGCUACAACAACAACAGCUACAACAGCCACUCCCGCUACGGCGAUGCCAACCCCUACAGCGCUGAUGAUGAUGAUCCUGAUCGCUUCGGUGCUCUCCCUCCCCGAAACAACACUCUCUUCGACAACGACACCGAGUACCACUCCGGCGGCGCUCCUCCAUCUAUGCCAGCAAACUACGCCAACCCCACAGGCGGCCACCCCUAUGAGGAUGUUCCCGUCCAAUUCCCCGCCGGCAACUACGACAGAGGGCACUAA